GGUAGGGGACGGGAGAGGCGCGCGCGGCGGCCGUUGUCCAACCGUCGCGUCGGCGUGUCCCGGGACCCGUGCGCAGGAGCGGCGGCCUGGCCACAAGCAGAGUCAUCAAUAUGUUCAAGACUUAUUUCAAAAGUGGGGAACUAGGAAGAGUUGCAACUUUUUGAAGAUACAAACCAUACCCUUUUCUUGUUGCGUAUCUGAAAAGUAACAAAAGGAAACUUCAGCCACACUUGAUCAAAAUGCAACGAAGUCUGCUACAUACAGCGUCUCAGCUGGCACAUGGGACAUGUUUGUUUUUGCCUCGCACUAGUAUCUUUCACUGCUUAAAAGGACAAUCGGUGUUGUCUGAUACUGGAUGUAAAGUGAUUUUGGCACUGGACCCUCCUAAACAAUGUCUUCAUACAGGUGCAGCAUGCUUUGCCUCAAAGAAAAGUGCUGCUUCAUCAGAACCAGCAGACACUCCUCACAAAGUAGCAGAAGAGAGAAACCCUUUGACUUUGGCCACUGAUACACCCAAGCAGAACCCUGUAGAGUCAGAUUCUUCAGAUCCUGAUCCAUUACAAGAUAAAUCAAUUAGUCUUGUCCAGAGAUUCAAGAAAACUUUUAAACAGUAUGGAAAAGUCAUGAUUCCAGUGCAUCUUCUUACUUCCACUGUAUGGUUUGGAUCCUUUUACUAUGCAGCCAUGAAAGGAGUGAAUGUUGUUCCAUUCCUAGAGUUGAUUGGCUUACCAGACAGCGUAACAGACAUCCUGAAAAAUUCCCAGAGUGGAAAUGCUCUCACUGCAUAUGCAUUGUAUAAAAUUGCAACUCCUGCUAGAUACACUGUGACUUUGGGAGGAACAUCCAUCACUGUUAAGUAUCUACGUAAGAGAGGCUACAUGUCCACACCACCACCAGUAAAGGAAUAUCUACAAGAUAGGAUGGAGGAAACAAAGGAUAAAAUUACAGAGAAGAUGGAGGAAACAAAGGAUAAAAUUACAGAGAAGAUGGAGGAAACAAAGGAUAAAAUUACAGAGAAGAUGGAGGAAACAAAGGAUAAAAUUACAGAGAAGAUACAAGAAACCAAAGAUAAAGUUUCAUUUAAAAAGAUAAAGGACUAGGAGAAAUGCUUAAUUUUUGGAUAUAUCAAACAACUUAGCACUUUAACCCUUUGUGAGGCAGGAUAUACAAAGUGCACUUCUGAGCACACUUCCCUCCCCCUCCCCCCCACCCCGUUUUCUGGAUACUACAGUUGCUCUGUGGAUUUAGAAAUUCUGUACAUUGACCAAGGUUAAAGUUUCCUGGGGGAGAGAUUGUGACAAAAUUUCCAUUUACAGAAGGAAAAGUGAAUCUCACAUUAGAAGUUCAUGUGUCCAUUGGUAAUAAUGUUAAUAGUUACUUUUUUUUUUUUUUUUAAACCCCUCAGUCCCCAAAAUGAAGAUGGCCUCUUUCAAAAGCAGCUACUUUGUUCUUCUUUCAUUGUAGUGCACAGCCAUUAUUCCAUUAGACUGAAUCUUCCAUUAAAUGAGAAUGAAGACUUCUCUACUGGGAAAGGCAACACCAUACUUUGGUUUCCAGAGUAUGUGGACCCAGGCCUCUUCAAUUGUGAUCAUCUCUCAACUUGGAGACAGACCAUUGUCACUGAUACUGCACAUGAAGGAAUCCAUGGAUGGGCUACUCAGUCUGAAUGAAUUAUGAUGGCUACAGUGGCUUCAGCUGAGCUGUGGUAGUUUACAGGUUGAGACUAUGAAUCUUUCUUGGACAGUGUUUCUUCAGAAAUCUCAAAUGAAUGCUAAAGAAAGAUGAGUUAAUCACAGCAGCUAUACUGGCAAGUAUACUUUGUUUCCUAAAGUUGAUUUACAGUAGAAAGUUAUUAAAUGAAACCAAUCAUUGUAUAUUAAAAACUAGGAUUUUUAAAUUAUGUUAAAGUUUACAAAGCUGUUCUAUUUCAUUUUUGGAACAAAACAAUUCUGAAAGAGAAGGUUACUUGAGAGAUGGGUAUUCUAAGGGGCUUUUUAAAUAUGUGCAAAGUUAGAGUUCAAUGAAGAAGUCCCUCCUCCUAUACAGGAAUCCCUCAGACUUUAGUAGAACAAUUUAACUAAAAUAAGCAUAACUUUGA